AAUAUAUUAAGAGCGGCCUUAUUAUUAGAAGGAACGGUUUGUUAGGUGGCACCGGCAAGUGGCGUGCUAUACUUGCAUGUGUUCAAUGGCUGCUCUGUGUGUUAACAGACGACCUCUACGAUGGCUCUCUGCAUGGAGCAGUUUCUCUCGCUAUCAGACCUACUGCUCCCAAAAGAAGAGCCCAGCUGAGAUCCGGAAGAGACAAAAUGAAUUGUUUGAUGAGGAGAAGAAACGGCAGCUGUCUUUUUUCCAAAGGAUUGAGAAGAUCCGAGUGGAACAUGUGGGUGCUCCUGAAGAUUGUACCCUAAUCAUGAACAAGGGUCUGUCAACACCCUUUAAUUGUGCCAUGCACAUAACAGAGUUGUUAAUGAAGCGGUCAGUAGUGGCAUGUGUUAAUGGUCAGUUAUGGGACAUGCAUCGACCUCUUGUUGAAGACUGUCAACUCAGCUUCCUUCAUUUCAAACAGGACGACUGUCAUGAAGUCAACAGAGCAUUUUGGAGGUCCUGCUCUUUUAUACUGGGUUACGUUUUAAUGUCAGCAUUUAAAGAUGAGUGCCAUGUGGAGCUGUGCCGCUUUCCAUCCCCUAAUGUGAAAAGUGGCAGUUUUGUAUAUGAUGCUGACCUGAAUUUACCGAACUGGAAGCCAACGUUGAGAGAAUUAUAUGCCCUCAGCUCUAUUGGUUCUAAGCUCCAAUACCAGGAUUACAGGUUUGAACCUCUAACAGUCAACGAACAGACAGCAAGAGAAAUGUUUCAACACAACAGAUUCAAAUUGCAGCAGAUUCCCAGCAUUGCAUCUCAAUCAAGUUCCGGAGAUAGUAUAAACCUGUAUCGUGUUGGUGAUCAUAUUGAUAUCAGCCAAGGACCCAUGAUAUCCUCCACAGCCCAUCUGGGUAGAUUUUCACUUACAGCAAUACAUAAUAUUGAAUGUCCUGACUAUGGAAAAUUACAAAGAGUACAAGGGGUAGCGAUACCAAACCAGUUCUGGCUCCACCAAUGGACAUACAAUUUAUUGGAGAAACAGUCCCAGAAACUGAACUGGUGUACUUACCCAAAUGUACAGAAAAAGAUAGAAACAGAGAAAAGCCAACCAGAACCUGUACAGCAAGAAACCCAGAUGCUACCCUGAUGCCGAGCCUUGCUACACUGUACCCAAUGAUAUUCUUUUGUUAAUCCUGAACACCCAAACUGUACAGUGGUAAUCCUCCGACUCCACUCAAGAUAUUUCAGUUCAGUUUUGUAUUCUUUUGUAGAUAUUUUAAUAAAUUUAAUUUUGACAGUU